ACUGGGUAACCAAAACAUGAUGCUACAAAAAAGAUCUUCAAUUGCUAGUUGGGUCUCUUAUGUAGAUAUGUCAAGUACUCCCUCAAGAAAGACCAUUUGUACAGAGGUUCAUAAAGAUGCAUCAAACAUAGGAGGCGGGGCAACAUUCAAAAACUACUUUACAGCAUUUAAAUGGGCCAAUCAAAUCGUUAUAGCCGAUCAUGACAUUCAAGAAUCUAAUGCUGAAGCUUACUACUCAGGAUUUUGCAGAAAUCCUCAAAUCAAUAGGAUUAUAGCUCAGAUAUACGAAACUCAGAUCCAAGGGAAUUUUUCAAUAAAAUUAGAACAUAUACCAGGCAAACAAAACAGAGAUGCUGACUUGCUAUCACUAAGUGGUCACAAGGAAUACUUAUUCAAACAUCCGGCGGCACAAUAUCUUCAACCUGAUGUUCCACCAGAAUAUGCUAAUGCAAUUUCUCUUAUUCCUUCAUUGCUAACUUAUGAAGCAAUCAUCAGACGGUAUCAAACAUUGGCUGAUAAACAACACUGGAGAAAUGAGGAUGGCAGUGUUUCCCCACCAACAAUUUCGUCCUAUUUAUCAGCGCUAAAAUUUCAUCACUCAAGAAAUUCAUAUGACUGGGCACCAGUGCGAAAUGACGGAAAUUCUGAAAACGAUAGAUGCAAAUCACAGACACAAACCAAUGACUUACUUUUCUGGUCAGUGGCAUUAACUGCAUUUUAUCGACUAGCGCAGCUUGGGGAGCUCUUGCCGGACCGCAAACUGGAUGGAAGCAAAGUCCCACAAUUACAAGCUCUAAGAUUCGAGUACACCAACUCUGGGACAUUCACAACAGUUCAACUUGCAAGAACCAAAAAGCACAAAGCCGAAAUCAGAUCCACACUCAUAAUAAACCCAACUAAAGAUAACUUAUGCCCCAUCAAGUCACUAAAAGCUACGUCAUUCGAUGCACCUGCCCAUCCUAUGCACCCGACAAUGGGCUACUGUUCAACGGCUAGACGAAAACAGAUUACUCAUAAAAUUGGCUCGAAGAUUACAAUAAAAGAAUAUAAUAAGUUCCUUGAACGUCAAGAGUCUUCCAGUUAUAAAUAUCAACGAAGAGACAACGGCGAUGUUUUUGUAAUUGAUAUGAGUGGUUAUGAGCAUGAUCUGGUUGUUACGCUAUUACAAGACUACUUCAAAGUUCCAAAUAACACCAUUAUUGACCCUCCAAUUAUUGUUGGCAGUGACACGUUCCAUUAUAGCCCUUCUGGAACUGGAGAACUAAUUGCAGCAGAUGUUUCAGUAUAUCCAAAUAGGAAUCAUGUCCAACAAUCUCGUGCUCCAUAUCCUGGACUCCUCCAGGAAAUUCAGAAAAUAAUUUGUGAAGUAGGUAAUCAUCAGACUACUGCAAAUUGGAAUGCUAAAUGUCAACUCUGGAUAAAUCAAGUUUAUGUACGAUUUGUACUUGGGAUUAAGUUGCAUAAAAAAAGGACUACAAGAGAUGGUCAAGGACGAUACCACAUAUCAAUGGCGGCCAGGCUGUGGCAGCAGGGUGUAGCUAG